ACACGCAGAACCCGCUUAUAAGGAGGAGCUCGACGACUGGACGGUUCCGAGUUUUGGUGACUCAAUCGAACCGUGUUCCCGGUGGAGACGGUCCUGGCGGCGAGCUUCCUUUUUCCUUCUUUUCGCGAUUUUGACUUUUGUGACUUCUUUUCCGUCACUCUCAUACACACUGUACGUCUGACGCUCUAACCUUGAGGAUAUCAGCAUCCUCAAAUUUUGGGGCCGUUAGGGUCUAACAUGGCCUUCGGGAACAAGGUCAAAUCCACGUCUGCCGAGGGGGAAAAGGGCAAGAUGGCGCCUGAAGAGACUGUCCAGGUUCAGCCCAUGAACCCUUCGUCCGACUUGAACGACAUCGACUGUGAGAAACAUGGCGCCAGUCGCGAGUCGAAUCCCAUGCCCGAUCUCAAGCGGAAGCUGAGAAGUCGCCAUCUUCAGAUGAUUGCCAUUGGUGGUACCAUCGGCACCGGUCUGUUCAUUGGUAGUGGUACUGCUGUUGCCAAUGGAGGUCCUGUUGGUGCCCUCAUCGCCUACAUCUUCGUCGGUACGAUCGUCUACUCUGUUAUGACCUCUCUGGGUGAAAUUGCGACCUAUAUUCCGAUUCCUGGAGCGUUCACGGCCUACGCUGCUCGUCUGGUGGACCCCAGUCUUGGCUUCGCUAUGGGGUGGAUCUAUUGGUUUUCCUGGGCUAGUACAUUUGCACUCGAGUUAACAGCCACCGGUCUGAUCAUUCAAUUUUGGGACGACUCCAUCAACAUCGCUAUCUUUAUCGCCAUCUUUUGGGUUCUGAUCACCCUAUUGAACUUCCUGCCUGUCAGCUUUUACGGUGAAUUGGAGUUUUGGCUUUCAAGCGUCAAAGUUAUCACCGUUGUUGGGUUCAUGAUCUUCGCCAUCUGCAUUGACGCCGGCGUCGGUGACGAAGGGUAUCUCGGAUUUCACUAUUGGGUUCACCCGGGUCCCUUUGCUCCUUAUUCAGGUGUCCACCCUGACUCGACGGCAAAGUUCGUCGGUUUUUGGUCUGUCCUUAUCCAGUCUGGCUUCUCGUAUCAGGGAACAGAACUGGUCGGUAUCGCAGCCGCUGAGACAGAAAACCCUCGCAAAACGGUGCCUGCGGCUAUUCGCAAGACCUUCUAUCGCAUUCUGUUCUUCUUCGUCCUGACCAUCUUCUUCAUCGGUCUUCUGGUGCCCUACACCAACGAGAACCUCCUGACCGAUGGAAAUGAUGCCAACUCGUCGCCUUUUGUCAUUGCGGCCAGGCUUGCUGGAGUCAAGGUUCUGCCUCACAUUAUUAACGGAGUCCUGCUUACUGUGGUGCUCUCUGCCGCCAAUUCGAACGUUUACAGUGGCAGUCGUAUCUUGAUUGGUUUGGCUCAAGAAGGUUUUGCCCCGCGCUGGUUCAAGAAGACUUCCAAGAAGGGUGUGCCAUACUAUAGCGUUGCCUUCACAGCAGCCUUCGGUCUUCUCGGUUUCAUGAACGUCUCCAAUGCUGGUAGCACUGUGUUCAACUGGCUCGUCAAUAUCGCCGGUGUCGCAGGCUUCAUCACUUGGGCAUCGUUGAACGGCUGCCAUCUUGCUUUCAUGCGCGCCUUGAAGGCUCGCGACAUCUCCCGCGACACCCUUCCGUACAAAGCUAUCUGGCAGCCCUACUAUUCCUGGUACGGGCUGUUUUUCAACGUUCUCAUCAUCAUCACGCAAGGUUUCACCUCCUUUAUUACCAGCUUUAGCGUCACGGAUUUCUUCAUCGAUUACAUCAGUCUGAUUCUCUUCGUCGUGCUCUAUGUUGGACACAAGAUCUACUUCCGGACAUCUUUUGUCCAUCCACUUGAGGCCGAUAUUGAUACGGGCCGCCAGGAGGUUGAAAACGAAACGUGGGAAACGGAAGCUCCCGCCACCAAGUGGCACCAGAAGCUUGCACGCUCAUUCCUGGGCUGAGAGGAUCACGACCCUCUGGGCAUCUCAGUACAGGCCCGUGGUCAACAACACUUGUGCUUCUUCUUUUUUUUUAAUUGU